GGCCCAUACCCGCAUCAUGGGCCUUAUUUCUCAGUCCCCGUGUCCUCAUAUCCCGUGUUUGUAGCCACGAGGCCACUAUGCCGAUGGAUGCCGUCCAACGAUCGGCCGCCUCGAGAUUUAAAGGCCUCCCGAGCAAAGACCUUUGCCUGUCGAACCGCUUCGUAGUAGCGGACAGUACAACCAGUGCAUUUCUAAGUACAUCAUCCCUAGGUUGGCUUCUAAGUUGGCGAUGGACCGCCAAGGCCCUCGCGUGUCGCCUGCUGUUGCUGCUCGUCCCCGCGCUGCUCGUCGCUCAUUCGCUCCUCUCCAACCGCGGCACUCUGGAAGGUUCUUCGCAGGUUCUCGACGCAACGGUCGACGCAACGGCCGAAGCUGAUGCGAUAAGCGGCGCCGCUGGGGCGCCGCCUAUCGCGGCGAUAGGUGCGCCGUCGGGUCCUUUCGCUUACCGUGCCAGCAGCGCAGGGACAGACGCGGGUCCUUCAGGCGGUGGCGGCGGUGGCCGAAAUGCUGGCUCUGUCCCCGACGGCGCGACUGUACGCGAUACAGGCAACGAUGCCGUUACGGAGGUACAGCAGCAGCAGCAGCAAGACGAGGGGACAUAUGGGGUCUGGCUGUCACAGGCGCAGCAGCAGGCUUCAGGCGGGCCGCAACAGCAGCAGCAGGAGCAGGCGCAGCAGCACUCCCUGACAGUGCAAGCAGAAUGGGAAGCACUCGACGAGGCAAGGGCUGUGGAGCUAUCCUUAGCUGUUUCCAGCCGGCCACAUACCGCCGCUGCAACCGCUGCUGCAUCGCCGGCGCAUGGUGACGGGCAUGGGGAUGGCCCUGCUGACCACCACCGUGCCAGACAUGCCCAUGCCCAUGCCAAUCGAAGCAUGAUCAAUGCCGAUGCUGGCGCAGGUGCUGAUGCCGAUGGCAAUGGCGGUUCGGGCGAAGGGUCCGAGGGGUGGCACGGUUCGGAGCGGUUUUACAGGGUGACGGGCGAGGGCGACUACUGCGCUGGCGAGUCGCAUUGGGUGUGGAGUUUCCUGUGCGCCGCAGCCGAAGCCCGCCUGCUGAACCGCACGCUCGUGCUGCCCCUCGCUCGCUGCAUACACGCCACCCACACGCUCUCGCAUGUGACAGAGGAGAAACCGAUGGCGCUCUACUACGACAUGGACCACUGGCCGCGCUUCCAGCCCAUAAUGCUGGACGCGCAGUUCGAGCAGCAGUUCGGCUCUCUCAACAUCGCGGUCCUGCGGGCCCAGCACAACAUGCGUGUGCGCGUGUUCCAAGCGCAAGUCCCCACGAGCCGGCUGCAGAGCACGGAUGCACGUGCUGCCACGCUGAUCGUGCGCCAAGCACACUUCGCUUAUGACAUCUGCAUUGCCAAAGGGGAUGCGAAGCGCCUGGUGCGCAACUACAACCUGAUCCAGCGGCCCGUGUACCUGCGGCGGCUGGCAGAGACGAUCCGGCGCAACAUUGGGUCGGGCUACGACAGCGUGCACGUGCGGCGCGGCGACAAGCUGAACCGCCGCUUCUGGCCGCACCUUGACCGGGACACACGGCCCGACGCCCUGCUCAAGACGCUUCCCAAGUUCAUCCAGCCGGGGCGCCACGUGUACAUAGCGUCGAACGAGCGCACUCCGGGGUUCUUCAGCCCGCUCGCCUCGCUCUACAAGAUCCACGUGCUCUCCGACUACCGCCACCUCUGGGCGCCCGGCAGCGACUGGUACAAGGAGUGCCGGGAGCUCAUGGAGCGGCACAGCAUUUUUCUGGGGGGGGCAGAGCCGGAGCUCGAUGCACAAAUGCAGUGGAUCGUGGAUAACAUUCUGUUUAGUGGGGGGAAGAAGAGGGUGGAGACAUUCUUUGACCUCACCAAUGAUACGAGACACGCUAUUGCACGACAUGUUACACCCACGCAGUCUCCUACCAUUGUGAAACUGUGAAUGAAGGGAAGUGUAGUGGUGAAUAUGGUACAAGGUUUACUAUUUAUCACACAAUAGAGCAAGCUUUCACUC